UCGUCAGACUGGAGACCGCCGAGACCUGAUUGCGGCGUACAUAAAGACCCAGGCAACAUUUCCAUCAUUGUCAAGACCGGAGCCACCGUAAUCAGCGAAAGACUUCCGACACUCCUGCUGACUUCUCUACGCUGCGUUGAUAAUCCUCUCAUCUUCUCUGAUCUGGAGCAGGAAUUCGGAGGCCAUCAUGUCUACGACGUACUGUCAAACUUCAGCCGCAAAGAGGGGAACGCCGACUUCGAUCUGUACCGCACUCAACAGGAGUACGCUGCCAACGGGAGACAAGUCGACCUACCAAAUCUACGAGAGCUGCCGAUAGUAUCCAAUGACUGGCGUACGAAGGGCAAAAGCGCUGCCUGGUCGCUCGACAAGUACAAAUUUCUUCACAUGAUCGACAAAGCGUGGGAGCUGCGGCCAGAUCAAGAUUGGUAUCUCUUCCUUGAAGCAGAUACUUUCAUCAGCUGGGCCAAUCUUCUGCGAUGGCUGCCCUCACUCGAUCCCCGCCGAAAGCUGUAUCUCGGCAGUGCGGUGCGGAUGUAUGAAAGUCCUUACCUGCUCUACUUCGCAAAUGGCGGCAGUGGUAUGCUACUGUCUGGAGCUGCGGUUUCCGAGUUCGCCGCAGAAGGCGUUGCACAGAAAUGGGACCGCCGAAUCUCGGAGAUGUGGUUCGGCGACUACGUUCUUGCCGCUGCAUUGUACGAAGAGAUGGGCCUCCAAGUGACCGAUGCUAAACCAACGAUGAUCCAUGACGAGCCGUCACUCAUUGCCUUCCACUCUGACAUGUGGUGUAAACCAGUGGUCGCUCUGCAUCACUUGACUUCUGAGGAGCAGGAUCAUCUGUGGAAACUGGACCAAGCUCGAAACACGUCCGCGCUGCUAUUCAGAGACGUAUACAAUAUCGCCUAUCCGCGAGGGCUGCCAAGCGUUGAAGCUCAAUGGGACAAUCUUGCCCAAGACAGCCAAUACGCUGUCGACAGCAUCACCGAUGCACCGAAGAAUGGAAGUCUCACAGUUGCGGACACCGACGCGCACCACAAAGCUUGUCAGCGGGCAUGCCAGCGGAACGACAAGUGUCUGCAGUACGUGGUCCAUACUCAG